ACUCCUUUUGCCUUAGGUCUCAUGUCGACAAUUGUGCUGCCGCUUUCUGCAACAUUUCGCACGGAUCAAACUUGUAACAUAACUUAAUGUUCUUUUGUCAGGCGGGCCGAGUCUAAUGACUCAUUACAUCUGUGUGCUUUGCAAAACGAAACUGUACAACAGUCGCAAAACUGCCGGAGAUGGGAGCGUCGUGUUGUGGCUUGUUUUUGGUACUGCAUGGCCUGUGAGCCUUGGCAACAGUCAAGGAAAACCUGUUCACGUCCUUAAAGUCACCCAAACGCAACAAGCCAAGGGAGGGGCCAAGGCCUAUAUAAAGGUAAGAGAGCAUCUGCAGGAGCACAUUGCACUGUUUUGAGACAGAGACACACAACACAUGGAAGCAGACUUCAGCAUUCAGUAUGUCAACCUGGAACUGGCUGAGAAUCUGGGGAGACACAAAACGAAUGGCUUCAGCAGCGCCAACACUCUGGUGGUCCGAAGAGGGGCCCCAUUCCGAAUCAGCGUCCAGUUCAAGGAGCGACCCUUCAACCCCAGGACGGAUUCGCUCAGGAUCAAAGUCACUCUAGGUCGUCUGUAUGCAGUGAUGCCGGUCACUUUCUCCAAGAAGACCGCUUCUUCCAGCUGGAAUGCCUACAUUGAACCAAACAACGCGAACUUCCAGAAGCUCUCCAUCUUCGUCUUCCCUCCCGCCUCCGCCUCGGUGGGCAGCUACAAGCUUCAGCUGUCUGCGUUCACGCAAGAUGGCCAGAGGAGUGAUGUGGUGGGCAACUUCAUCGUGCUCUGCAAUCCCUGGUGUGCUGAGGAUUCAGUUUAUAUUCCUUUUGAGGACCAGAGGGAGGAAUACGUCCUGAGCGACUCUGGACUGCUGUUUAUGGGGACCCCGAUGAACCUUCUCUCAAGACCCUGGUCCUUUGAUCUGUAUGAGCCUGGUGUUUUGGAGGCUUGCCUGGAUCUGCUCAAAGUCAGCCCUCAGCAUAAAAAAAACAGGAAGAGGGAUUACCUGAACAGAGCCAGCCCUGUCUACAUCAGCCGCAUUGUUUCUGCCAUGAUCAACAGCGAGGACGAUCGGGGCGUGCUGAAAGGCAACUGGACCGCUGACUUCAAACAGGGCGUCAGUCCCACAAAGUGGACCGGAAGCGAGGAGAUCUUGUCGCUGUGGGCCAAGUCUGGUUACAGCCCCGUCAAAUACGGGCAGUGCUGGGUGUUUGCCGCAGUCAUGUGCACAGUCAUGAGAGUCCUUGGCAUUCCUUGCCGUGUCGUCACAAACUUCAACUCCGCUCACGACACCAAUGCCAACCUGGUGAUCGAAGAGUACUACAGCGAAACAGGACAGAAGCUGAACCGCAGCCGAGACAGCAUAUGGAACUAUCAUGUGUGGGUGGAGUGCUGGAUGAGCCGCGGAGAUCUCGGGCCAGAAAUGGAUGGCUGGCAAGUUCUUGACCCAACCCCACAGGAGAGGAGCGGAGGAGUGUUUUGCUGUGGCCCGGCUCCAGUCAAGGCAAUCAAGAAUCAGCGCACAGACAUGAUUUACGACAUCCCGUUCGUCUACGCCGCGGUGAACGCUGACGUGCACAUGAUCAUCCUGUCGAGCCAGAAUCAGGUGGUCGGCUUCAGCAAAGACACCGAGAAAGUCGGGUCCCUGAUCUGCACCAAAGCCAUUGGCCACCCGAGAGUGCAGAACAUCACAGGAGACUACAAAUACAUCAAAAGCCCCACUUCAACGCUUUCUUCGAGGAGCUCCACGAUUUCGGACCGCUCGACACUGCACAGAGCUGCCGUGUCCAAGGGGGUGACGGUCUUCUUGGACCUGAACAAAUCUCCUGUCGCCGGGGAGCCGGUCAUCUUCACGGUGAAGGUUGGGAACACGCAGAGCACGCCCAAGACGUUGAAAGUACACCUGAAUGCUCAGGCAAAGGAGUACAACCACAGCCCCACUGAAACCUUCUGGGAAAAACAUGGCGUCCUACAGCUGGCACCGAUGGAAGUCAAAGUCUUCCAGGAGCAAAUCCUCCCAGCGGAGUAUGAGCCCGUGGUGGGAGACGACCUGAUCAACCUGGCAGUGGUCCUGGAGGACAUGGCCACCCACAAAUGGGUGCUUGCCUCAGAGGAGUUCAACAUCGCCAAUCCAGAGCUCAUUAUCCAGGUUGCCGAUGAAAACUCAAUCGUGCCAAACAGGGAGGUCACCGCCCUCGUGGCUUUCACCAACCCGUUCCCUCACCCGGUCAAGGGGGUGUUGACCGUAUCCGGGGCCGGGCUAUUUGCUGGCAAACAGCAUUUCAGGAUGCCUUCACUUAGUCCAGGGGCCAGAGCAAGCCAGUCCAUCACCUUUGUCCCAAGCAUGGCAGGUGUAAAGAUGCUGCAAGCCAGUCUGUCGCUCUCAGACUCCAACAUCACAAUCAGAGGCUUCAAGAUGAUCCCUGUCAACAGUAUUUAGCUCCUGCAAAAACAGCCCGUGUUUUGUGUAUUAUCCUGAACGAAAGAUGUGAAUAUUAUUUAUUGCACUAUUUAUUUAUUUUUUUGCUAUUUAUGUGUUUGAGGAAUGUAAAUGACAAUGUGCGAAAAAUUCCAGUACACUUGAAGAUUGUGCUUUUUGAUUUA